AUGUUCACAGGUCUGAUCGAGCACCUCGGCAGCGUCGUAGACAUCGUGCAUGAUGCCGGCGGAUGCACGCUCACGAUUGCGGACUCCGCGCCCAUCCUAGCCGACUGCCACAUCGGCGAUUCUAUCGCAGUGAACGGCGCAUGUCUCACCGUCACUGAGUUCGACAAUGAGGACAAGGGCGGCUGGUUCAAGGUGUGGCUCGCGAACGAGACGCUUGAUAGGACUGAUCUCGGGGAGCGGAAGGUCGGCGACCAGGUGAACCUGGAGCGCGCGAUGGGGGCACACGUCCGCUUCGGAGGCCACUUUGUGCAGGCACACGUCGACACCACCGCCACCAUCGUGGAGAAGAAGCCGGAUGGCGACUCGCUGCGCAUCCUGUUCCAGCUGCCGGAACCCACCCCCGCACGGCCGUCGUUGCUCCCGUACCUUAUUCCGAAGGGCUACGUCGCGAUUGACGGGACGUCGCUCACGCUCACUGUGGUCGACGACGCGACGCGCACUUUCGGCGUUAUGCUCAUCACACAUACGCAGGAGAAGAUUACGCUGCCGAAGAAGCCUGUCGGGGCGAAGGUGAACAUCGAGGUCGACAUGGUCGGCAAGUUCGUGGAGAAGAGCGUUCACGCUGCGCUUGGUGGCGGCAGCGGCCCCCUGCGCUCAUUGGUCGAGAAGAUCGUCGAGGAUGUGCUCGUCAAGAAGGGGCUCGUUCAGUAA